AUGAUCAUUGGCUCUACGCUUCGAUCUAGAUUUGGUAGUAAUUUGGAAUCCCAUCAGAUUGAUGAUGAUUACUCAAUGUCUACAGACCAGGAGGAAUCAAACACAUCUCCAUUGCCACAGCCACUGCUACACCAUUCACAUCAGUCUUCGCCCUCGCUUUCACUGCAGCAAUGGACAAGUUCAGGAAGACUGUCCUCCACUACAGCCUUGAGAUCUUUGAAUAGUGACCUAUCACCACGAGGGUAUAACGAAGGUGCCACAGCAAUACAUACACAUCACCAUCAUCACAAUCACCAACACCAUACUUCAAGCCUACGACAUCAGGCUUCAUAUAUAAGCAUUUCCCAAAAUAGUGCUUUUUUGGAUGAAUUACAAUUUGACCCUGAAGAACCUGUUCCAACUUAUGAAACAUCGCAGCUAAUGCAUCAGAAUAAUCAAUGUUUACAACCAGAUAUUGAACCAUCUCAGUUCGUUUCAAUGGAUCCUCGCAUUACUGCACGAGAAUUACCUCCAGAACUUGCUUCACAUUUGUAUACACCCAUCCCUUCACUUCCGAUACCGAGAACUUCCUCAAUGUUUCUUCUGGACUCGGUAGAGACAUCACAAUGUACGACUCCGAAUAUGUUGCAACAGCAACAACAACAGCAUCAGCAUCCGCAGCAACAACAGCAACCCCAGUUAGGAAACUCCCAUUCACUGCAUCGCUCAUUGACAUCAUCCCCAUCUUCUACAAGUGUGCCGUUGCGUAACAAAUUUAAACAAACGUCCAUCAAGAGACUAGGGUUGAAAUUUCUUAAUGCAAGACAACACUUUUUACUUGCAUGCUGCCGUGAUAUAUCUUUAAUCCCUCCUUUGAUUGGAUUGUACCAAUCGUGGAAACGUAUUUACCAGGACGGAGAUGCAAAUGGAGUCCCGUACAAGAUUACAACUGCACGAGGCAUGGAACAUUUCCUCACUGGCGUUUGGUGUAUUGUGGCUGCUUAUUUGUCCUACUCCAUUCUUGACUCUUUGUUAGUAAGAUGGAUCAUUACAUAUUCAACCUCAGCUGCCAUUGUACGGGUGUUGUCCAUGUCGACAAUCAUGAUCACAUGUGAGUUGUAUUUGGUUAGCACAUUUAGUGCUGAUGGUUACAAGUAUGGUUUACAUAUUUGGAUCUUGAUAAGCUGCAUUUUGACAUUUACAUACAUUGUCCAAAAUUUUGUCACCCUGAAUUUACAACUUGAGCAUCAUAAUACUAUUAAGCAGCAUCAGACGCAGGAACCAUUAAGAGGUGGUGAAAAUGAAGUGAAUACAGAUGGGAACACUUUGACACAUAGAAAUGGUGUCUCCUCCAAUGGACACAUUAGUACUGCUGGUCGCAGUAAUGUCAAAAACUACACACAAAUGAGGGCCAAGAAACCAAGACGUUUUUUCGAUUUUUACAAUAUCGUCGUUUUCGCUGUGGUUCCCGUUGGAUUGGCUAGCUUCGUUACAAUGAUUGGAAUUCUCAGAUCGCUAUUAAUACUUAGAAUCGAUGUUGACCAAGUCAUGAAAACCAUUAGUUAA